UGUCGUUCUGUCUCUCUCUUUUUUCUUUUUCUUUCUUUUUUUUUUUUUGAAUCUAGCCUAUUUCCCAGGCUGGAGUUCAGUGGUGUAUUGUCAGCUCACUGCAACCUCUGCCUCCUGGGUUCAAGCGAUCCUCCUGUCUCAGCCUCCCUAGUAGCCUGGACUAUAGGCGCAGACCACCGCAACUGGCUAAUUUUUUAAUUUUAGUAGAGGUAGGGUUUUACCAUGUUGGCCAGGCUUGUCUCAAACUCCUGACCUCAGAUAAUCCACCUGCCUCUGCCUCCCAGAGUGCUGGGAUUACAGGUGUGAGCCACUUCGUCUGGCCUUGAAUGAAUGUAUUCUUGACUUCAACCCUAUCCCUAACACUGUCAAUUUCUUGCUUCAUGAAGUGAAUAUGGAUAUGUGAUAUGAAUGGAUAUCUGAUUCAAUCCAUUAAUCUGGGGAGAGCCAAAAACCCAAUCAGGAUUACCUGGGUGGAGCUUCACAAAUGCAAUCAGAUAUCAUUUUCUGAUUGGAAGCUAGCAGCGGAUACGUGGAGGGGCGUGGGUGGGAGUUGUGAUUAGAAAGGUCAAUAAAAGCUUCUAAAGACCCACAGGAGAGACCCAAAGUCUUCAAGCCUGGAGUUCCUGCCUGGUUCUUCCUGAGGUCUGAGCACCUUCUAGACUACAUCCAGAUCUGUUUUCCCUGCAGAUUCAUGAAGAUGAGCAUCCGGACUCCACCCAGACUCCUGGAGCUUGCGGGGCGGAGCCUGCUGAGGGACCAAGCCUUAGCCAUGUCCACCCUGGAGGAGCUGCCCACGGAACUUUUCCCCCCACUGUUCAUGGAGGCCUUCAGCAGGAGACGCUGUGAGGCCCUGAAGCUGAUGGUGCAGGCCUGGCCCUUCCGCCGCCUCCCUCUGAGGCCUCUGAUAAAGAUGCCUUGUCUGGAGGCCUUCCAAGCUGUGCUCGAUGGGCUUGAUGCACUGCUUACCCAAGGGGUUCGUCCCAGGAGGUGUAAACUUCAAGUGCUGGAUUUACAGGAUGUCUGUGAGAACUUCUGGAUGGUUUGGUCUGAAGCUAUGGCCCAUGGGUGCUUCCUCAAUGCCAAGAGGAACAAAAAACCAGUGCAGGACUGUCCAAGGAUGAGAGGACGGCAACCCUUGACUGUGUUCGUAGAACUUUGGCUCAAGAACAGGACUCUGGAUGAAUACCUCACCUACCCCCUUCUAUGGGUCAAGCAGAGGAGAGAUUUACUACACCUGUGCUGUAAGAAGCUGAAAAUUUUGGGAAUGCCCUUCCGCAAUAUCAGAAGCAUCCUGAAAAUGGUGAACCUAGACUGUAUCCAGGAGGUGGAAGUGAAUUGCAGGUGGAAACUGCAAUUCCUGACACAGUUUACCCCAUACCUGGGCCACAUGAGGAAUCUUCAGAAGCUCGUUCUCUCCCACAUGGAUGUCUCUCGCUACGUUUCCCCAGAGCAGAAGAAGGAGAUUGUUACCCAGUUCACCACUCAGUUCCUCAAGCUGCGCUGCCUCCAAAAGCUUUAUAUGAACUCUGUUCCUUUCCUCGAAGGCCACCUGGACCAGCUGCUCAGCUGUCUGAAGACCUCGUUAAAGGUCCUCACAAUAACUAACUGUGUGCUUUUGGAAUCAGACUUGAAGCAUCUAUCCCAGUACCCGAGUAUCAGUCAACUAAAGACCCUGGACCUGAGUGGCAUCAGACUGACCAAUUUCAGUCUUGUGCCUCUCCAAAUUCUCCUAGAAAAAGUUGCAGCCACCCUUGAGUACCUGGAUUUAGAUGACUGUGGCAUCAUGGACUCCCAAGUCAAUGCCAUCCUGCCUGCCCUGAGCCGCUGCUUUGAGCUCAACACCUUCAGCUUCUGUGGAAAUCCCAUCUCCAUGGCCACCCUGGAGAACCUGCUGAGCCACACAAUCAUACUCAAAAACUUAUGCGUGGGGGUGUAUCCUGCCCCGCGGGAGAGUUAUGGUGCUGAUGGUACUCUCUGCUGGAGCAGAUUUGCUCAAAUUAGGGCUGAGCUGAUGAACAGAGUGAGGGACUUAAGGCACCCCGAGAGGAUCUUUUUCUGUACUGACAACUGCCCUGACUGUGGCAACAGGUCAUUUUAUGACCUGGAGGCAGAUCAAUACUGCUGUUGAAUGCCUGCCUAUUUGGAUGGGUAUGUCAAACGCUUUCUUCUGGACACUUGGAAACUAAAACCUAGGUCUUAGGUACAUCCUAAAGGGAUCACAGAACCCAUCCUUUCACACAUAGGCUCUGAAAGUGGGAAAGGAAAGCUGAUCAAGCAGGGGCUGGACUUGGGGGAAAUGUUGCCAUGGAUUCGAUGGGACUUUGGGGACCUGUGUCCUGUAGAGUCGAAAAUGGGAAUCUGAAUGUCUAGAGUGGAAUUCAGGCUUGAGAAUACAUGAGGGAGUUACUCUUGCAUGGAUGGUUGUAAAGAAACAAUCAGAAAUAAAGGAAAACUGAGCAGAA